CUUUUCAGAAACAAACGAGGUAUGCAUCGAGUAUAUUUGAUCUUUAAUUAUUAUUCUAACAAUUUAAAACCGCUGAUGUUACUGAAUCUUCAUUUUUAAUAGGUUGAAGUAAGCAGGCUUCUAGCUCACUUUCAAAUAGGCGCAGAGGUUGAGAUUUUGUCUACUGAUGACGAAAUAUGGUAUCCAGGAAAGGUUGUUGAUCUUAAACUGUGUGAAGGACUAGAGGAGCUGACAGUUGAGUACACGACACUCUUCACAGACCAACAUAGACUUCAGAAACUUCAGGAUACUAUCACGGCUGACAAAAUACGUCCUGCAACACCAACUAGUGACCAAAAAUCCUUUGAGAUGAUGGAUAAGGUAGAAGCCUUCUACAACAAUGGCUGGAGCAGCGGACAAAUUAGCAUGGUACUUGGUGAUAACACAUACUCGGUGUGUCUCUAUACUUCUAUGGAAACUAUUCUAUUCAAACAUUCAGAUUUGCGAAUUCAUAGAGAAUGGAAAGAUGGAGUCUGGAAGAUGGCAGAUAAGGUGAAGCCUGAUAAGAAAAGGAAAGCUGCUGCCUCAUCACAAAAUUCAGGAAUGGAUAAUGUUUUCCUAAGAAGGAGCGAGAGGGUGCCUAAACGAUCUAGAGACACAAAAACUCCAUUCAAGUCUGACAGAAAUCCGGCUUUAACUGUAAUACCUGAGAUUAUACCUGCAGUUGAUCCGUUUUCAACUCCUGCGGAACAUAAGCUUUCAAGGCUUCAAAAUUGGAUGACAUUAAAGCCCGGCAUGCAUGAAACGUCCCUAUCAAUCAAUGAUAAUAAGAUAAGGAAAUCUUUCUUUCAAAGCAUGGAAAAUGCAAAAAAGGACCUUAAGAAAGAGCACAUUGAUGGAGCCUUUGCAAUGCUAAAUUGCAGAAGAAAUGAGAAUGCUGCUUGGUUCCACAACUACAAGAUUCCAAAGGCGUGCUUCCUACCUAUGGAGUUCUUGCAUUGCUUGCUCUCUGAUGAUUUGGCUUACAAGAAAGAAAAGGUCAAAGGUAAAAAGAUUUUCAACGAUUUAUUUAAAGAUACUGUGAGAGGGAAGGUAUAUCCAGAGAAGACAUGGGGAGAAGAUGUUGAUGUUGUGUAUGGGAUUACUCUUGGAAAAAAAAGCAAUGUCUGGAUUGGGAUGGAAAUUCAUUUGAAGAAGAAAAGAAUCACAGUAUAUGAUUGUUUUCAAAAGGAAAGCAACAGCAUUGAUAUUCCUCAAGUGAAAAAGUUGGCAGUGUUGAUUUCUAAUCUGCUGGUGGAAUCUUCUGGUGAUGAGGUAGAUAAGGUGAAGAUGAUUCCAUUUGAGAUUGAGCAGGCACAAGGUUUACCCAAGACAAAACAUCCUUUCAACUGUGGGAUAUUUCUUGUCAAGAUUCUGGAGUGCCAGUCAUUGAAGAUAGGAGACAUGACAAAGAUUAAUGAUGACAAUGCAUUGGAGCUAAGGAGAACCUUGUCUUGUGAGAUCUUCAACCAAUUUGUGGAUGAGAGCUUUGGGAAAUGAGAAUGAUGCAUGAAAACAUUUUUUGUUUUAGUUAAGACUCGGUUUUAGUUAUGACUGUUUAUUUUGUUAUGUUGUUGGCGUCUGGUUACAUAAGAAAGAUUGGAAAGGA